AUGUCUUAUGAUCGUUAUGUGGCAAUUUGCCGACCCCUACAUUACACAUUUUUUAUUAAUACUAAAGUUUGCCUCCAGCUAGUGGCUGGAUCUUUCUUUAGCAGUUUUAUAAUGAGCAUGAUCAUGUUAACAUUUAUAUUGCAGUUAACGUUCUGUGACCACAGUGUGAUUGAUCAUUUCUUUUGUGAUUUCAUUCCAGUUGUAAAUGUUGCCCGUAGCAAUGCAUAUCAGAUAAAAAUUAUCUCAUUUAUCCUGACCUCGAUAUGUACCCUGCCACCAUUUAGUAUAACCAUAGUAUCGUAUGCAUUCAUUAUCAAUGCCAUUUUGAGAAUCUCAUCCACCAGAGGAAGGCGAAAGGCUUUUUCCACCUGUUCUUCUCAUCUCAUUGUGGUGACCAUUUUCUAUGGGACCAUCGCUAUUGUUUAUCUUUUGUCAGAUACCUCAGAACUACGAGAGCUAAACAAAGUCUUAUCUGUCUUUUACACCAUCCUAACACCUCUGGUCAAUCCCCUCAUAUAUAGUUUGAGAAAUAAAGAGGUAAAGGAAGUCUUGAAGAAAGCAGUUGUCAAAUAUGGAAUGAGCAGAAAUAUUCAUUGA